UCAUCGUUCCCCACACGCAAAUCGCACAAUCGAUUUCUUCAACAAAAGAAGAGUAAAAGGGGGGAAACGAAAACCCUAAUUCACUUUCUCAUCUGAUCGUAAAAAAAACUAGCUCUACUCAAUUUUCCUUUCAAAUUUCUUCAAUAGCUCUCACAUGGCGUCUACAAACUUUCAGUGGGAGUUUCUCGCAGCUUCUCUAACUCUAACCUUAGCUCUGAUUCUUCACCUGGUGGAAGCAAACUCGGAGGGAGAUGCUCUAUACGCUCUUCGCAGGAGCUUAUCGGAUCCAGACCAUGUUCUGCAGAGCUGGGAUCCAACUCUUGUUAACCCUUGUACCUGGUUUCAUGUCACUUGUAACCAAGAUAACCGUGUCACUCGUGUGGAUUUGGGUAAUUCGAACCUUUCUGGACAUCUUACCCCUGAGCUUGGAAAACUGGAACAUCUACAGUAUUUGGAGCUGUACAAAAACAACAUUCAAGGAACUAUUCCUUCUGAACUUGCAAACCUGAAGAGCCUCAUCAGCUUGGAUCUCUAUAACAACAAUCUUACGGGGAAGAUUCCUACUUCUUUGGGGAAACUGAAGUCUCUGGUCUUUCUACGGCUCAAUGACAACCAAUUGACUGGUCCAAUCCCUAGAGAACUCACGAAAAUCCCAAGCCUCAAAGUUGUUGAUGUGUCAAGCAAUGAUUUGUGUGGAACCAUCCCAACAGGAGGACCUUUUGAACACAUUCCUUUGCAGAACUUUGAGAAGAACUCAAGAUUGGAGGGGCCGGAACUAAUUGGUCUUGCAAGCUACGACACCAACUGCAACUAAAAGCAACAUCUGAAUACAAGAAAUAGGGGGUGACCUUGUAAGAACACUACCACUUUU